AUGUCCUGUUAGUUUAUGGCCACGGUUACGGCAAGAAAGUUGAAUCUCGAAACACUCUCGUCGAAUCAGAGGUCUACGGCGCGAUACGUAAGUGCUCUGUGUUUGUUUGCUUCUUGCGGAACGAAGCUCUCAAAUAUGACUCAAAAAGGCCAAUUGCCUCCUCCACCUGUUAUGUGGGCCCAAAGGGAAGAUAUUUUAUUUGUUACCAUCUGUUUAGAAGAUUGUAAGGAUCCCAUACUUAAAAUCGAACCAGAAAUGAUAUAUUUUAAAGGAAUUGGUGGAACGGAACAAAAGAUGCAUGAAGUUACAAUUAACCUAUACAAAGAAAUUGAUGUUAACAAAACAGUACAACACAUAAAGGGAAGAACUCUCGAAUUAAUUCUCACUAAAAAAGAAUCGGGUCCGUUUUGGCCAAGAUUAACAAAGGAAAAAAUGAAAGUUCACUGGUUGAAAAGUGAUUUUAAUAAAUGGAAGGAUGAAGAUGACAGCGACGACGAUGUUAACGCGGGAGGAAGUACGAAUUUAGAAGACAUGGUGCAACAGAUGGGUGGCUUAGGACAUCCGGUCAACAGUAAACCAGACUUCGAUGGUUUAGAUUAUUUAGGAGACGAGGCGGAAGAAAUGGACAGUGACGAUGAUGAUUUACCUGACCUGAUCGAUUGAAAAUAUUUUGAUGCUACAUUAAAAUAAUCUUUAUUAAAAAAAAAAAAAAAA